AAUUAAAAAAUAAAGGAGAAACGCACAAAACAGCCCGCUGUGCGAGCGAGGGACGUCGAGAGAAGGGAUUCAGCGAACAAAGAGUAAAAUCCAGCCCCCCGGAGAUGGCCGCAGCGCUCUGAUGUCAAAUGGACGGUCUCGGGUUUGUUGAACCCAUUCCCCAGCCUGCAUUUAGUUAAACUAUUUAAUGUUUAAAUUUAAAGUAUUGAAAACGACGUAGAGGGAUGUUUCUGGUCAAAAGACAAGGAAAAGAUUUCCCAGGUUUAAAACAGCGCAGUGGCUGCAGUUUGUGUUUAUAUUCACAUUCUCUUAUUUUGCCUCAAAGGAUCAUUUUGAAGAAAAAACCCACAAGAUUUGGCUUUUACCAUGUGUAGGAUGAUUAAAAAUCAGGUAUACGUAAGAAAUUUGCACAUGUGGGAGUGUUCCCUGCCCACCACUGAGAGGCCAGUCUAGCAUUGUACACCACAUUAAAGGCUGAAAAAAGGAAGUUUCAAGGAAAAUGGAAAAGAACGAGUUCAGUUCCAACCCCACCAAGUCAGGGCAGUAUCUGUUAAAAACAACAGAUGAACAUUCAGAGUUUUUAUUUUGAAGUAAAGACCCUGGUUCCGUUGAGUUACCCUGCAUUUUUAGCUACAGGAAGGAAAAAAAUCCUGCUUUAUCCCUAAAACAAAACUGAUUCCUUACUGACCUGAUGUUACAGGGCUGUGACCCAACUCAGGACAAGGUAAAGACUCUAAAAAGGAGUUUGUAUUCAUUGUGAACUUAUUUAAAAAGCCAGCAUAUAUUUUAAUACACAAGACAUGUUGACAUACCCAAGCCCAGACCUUUGUUCCUAUUCCUUAUUGUGUGUUAGCACAAAGCCAGCUGAAAUUAAUUUGUUUUCCUCCCUUUGCUUUGGAUUUCUUGGCACAACGUAAUGGCUGAGGUCCUUAUAGCAGCUUUUUUUGUCUUUAGAUGGAAGACAACAAUAUCUGCUGUAAGCCUGGAAAUUCCACUCAUUAAUUAUCAACUCUCCUACAAUGCACAUCAGCAGAUUUCUGCUUUGUUUCUAUCUCUAGUGUGUUUAUUUCUGCUAAAACACAAUCUCACCCCUGCGUGUGGAUGUUCUCAAGCCAGGACAUGUCAGUGGGAUUAAGAAACAGCAUUUUGCAGGCUGCAAAUGUUCUGCUCUCUCAUCUGGGGAGCACAACAGCGUGUACUUUUCAGUUCAGAACAAGGAUUACACAAGAUCUGGCUGUUUGUCCUCACUAUCGUUGAGAUAAUUAAAGAAACAUCUUGUCUUUCUGAGCUGGUUUUGGGGUCAGGCUGACACAUUUUGCCUGGGGGAGCAGGAAAUGUCAGUGAUAAGCCAUUCCUGUACUUGUGCAGGAACUGUUCCACUGAAACAAAUUGAGCCAUUUGGAGGCCGAGCAGGAACACCGAGGGUAUUUUUUAAAUCAAAGGGACAAAUACCCCAAACACCACAAAGUCCAACUUGCAAAGAAGUUCUGUGUUUCACCCUUCAGCGGUUAGAGCCCUGGGCUGGUUUCCUCCCCUGCAGUGGAAGGCAAGGAGAUGUUCCCAGAGCUGUGGAAACCACAACAGACAGAAGCACUUGAGUUCCUGCCACAUCCUAAAGACACAGCACAGACUGAAUCCUGAGGUUCUCUCUCAAUCCUUUAUCAUCACCACCCGAGAUUCCUUCAACAGGAGCUACUUCACUCCUUCAAAUGCUCAUUUUUAAACUCUCUUCCUUUUCAAAGGUCUGGAUGUAACAUUUGUGACUCCUAAGCAUGUGACACUACAUCGACCUCAGGUACUCAUGGGCAGACUGGGAUAUUUUAGCUGCCCUGAUGUCCUGCAGCCCUGCAGGUGCUACAGACCCAGUUCCAGAGGCAGAGCCCUCAAACACAGUGCUUCCAAACCCACCCUGUUGCCACGUGAUGACACAGACUCGGUGACCUCCACUACACCCUCUCAUAACCUGUACACAGUACAGACAGGAGUUUUCUAUUGUGCAAGUGUCUGCUCUGUCUGGAUUAUUCCACUUCCUCCAGGUAGUCCAAAGAUGCCUGCAAUAAAUCCCAGCUUCCCUCGUGUUCCCAGGGAGCUGCGUUACCCAAAUCCUCCUCAGCUCCCCACCAUGCUUCUGCUGCCACGGUGACAGCACCUCAAGGAUUUCCCCAACCACCUUUAUUUUUCACUCAGCACCUCCACUCCCUCUCACAGCAACCAUUAAUCCAGCCCAGGGAAGCAGCUCCAUCUGUGCUGGCACUGCCACAACUAGCAAGUCCCAGUGAAGACAAAGCCUCCAGAGCUUCAUUAGCCCCAAAUUAAGAUGCUCCCAGCUGUGGCUGAGAUGGAUCUCAGCACACACGUGCUCCUGCCCGAGUGUUUCAGUGGAGCUGCUGAGCGUGGAUGCUGCAGGAAGUCUGCAGCACGGAUGACUCAUUUGUUAAAUCAAUAGUGAACCAUUGCCCCAGUUUUAUUUCACAGUGACGAGUUUCCGGCAGUGGGUGACUUUCAGUAAACCCAAGAUGUUUACUUUUAGUGGUUCCAAGAACCCCGUGACACACUUGAAACUCGUUAGACGUUUCCAUCUGAGCCAAACAUUAACCAGAUCGUUAAUCUAAGUUUCCUCAUGAGGGAAACAUGCAUGUUUUCUUUAAAAUCUGCAUGAAAGCACUGGGUAUACAGUAGUGUUUAGAAUAUCCUUUAUUCUGCCUGGCAGAGGACCCGUGUUCAUUAAAUAGAGCUCAGGAUAUUCACGGCAGUGAGCUACAGAACUGAGCAGACAUUUGAACCUCUGCAGGGUAAAUAGAGAAGAGGCUCAAGAACCCAAACAAUGUGAUACAACUACACACUUUAAUCCCUUAAAUCUCCUUAUAAGUAUAUUGAUAUAAGCUUUAGACAUGAAUUAAGUUGGUGUCCACCAGCACCUCAGUUAGAUCAGCUCCAGAACAUGGGUUCCCUCCUCUGCACUGCUGGAGCUCGUGACUGUGAGAUCACGUCCAGCACUGACUGCAUUGUGCAUUGGUGUGUGGGGCACAGCACCCAGCAAACUGCACUCGGAGUGAAACCACCUCGGACACCAACAGAGCACUUAGCCAAACCCUGACCCUGGGGGGUUUAAAGGGCUUGUGCUGAAGCAGCUUUGUCACAGCUGACAGCUUUUCCCACUCUGUAAAACAAACACAUCCAGGCACGACUGCCGAGACACACCUUGUUUUCUGCCUCAACAGCUCCGCGUUCGAACCACACCGGCUCUGAGUCACAGGCCCUGCAGGAGCCUUCAGCCCAUGAUGCUGCUGGAUGUGAAGCUGUGUCAGGGCAGGGAAUAAUUUGGAGCUGGGUGCUGCUGUUGGAACUCAGGACCAGCAUUAAGAAUCUUUCUGUUUCUCACCUGCUCUUUACAAUCUCGUACCUCCUCCUGCAAAUUUCUCCGUUUGGAACGGGAAUGGAAGAAUUGUUUUUUGAGACAGAGCUGACAACCCAUCAUCUCCUGUGCUUACACCACAGCCCGUGAUGCCUCUCAUGGUUAUUGCGGUUUCCAAUCCCCCUCCCAGCCCCGGAAGGGUCGGGCAGGUCCCUGCAGAGCCAGGGAACCCCCUUUUCCCGGCCGGGGGCCAGGAGGAAGCGCUGAGUUCCCAGUUCUGCCUCCUUCUCAAGCUUUCCCCGGCCGCUGUCCGGGUUUCCCUGGAGAGGGCAGCCGAGCACCGCUGAGCUCCGGCGGCUGCUGCGCACCUCCUGAGCCGCACACGGUGCCCAAGGGGAAGGAGGCAGAGAGGCAUUUGGAGAGGACAGGGUGUGACCGCUCGUGAUGCCACCGAAUGAGAGAACUGGGAUCCCAGCAGGAGGGAAAGUUGAGUUCCCAGCUGGAGAACCGAGUUGCUGGUGCUGGGAUAGGGCUGUGGGGUGGCUCUGUGGGUGGCAGAGAGACGUAAGGAGCAUCCAAGGGCUAAGGAUCAUGUCUUUGCUUCACCUCCAAGGCUCCCCACUACAGCCUCUACAUCCAACCACAAUGUGACCAGUUCCUUUGGGAUUUGGGGCCAGCUUGCCUGUCCCCACUGACUGGUGAUAUUGUCCCUGGUGUCACCGGGCGGGGAAAGCUGUCCCUGCUUUCCAGCGGCACCAGCACAACCCAGCCCCAGGCAGCCGCUGCCCAGCCGAGGAGGGAAGUGGUUACUGGAGGAAGGAUGGAUGAGAGCAAGUACAGCAGCGACCACAGUCUCUGCAGCCCCAGCUCCUUCCUGACCACAGGGAUUGUGUAGCUGAAGACCUUAAGGCAUUUUCCUUCCACUUGAAGAGAGAAAAUCACCUUGUUCCUCUGGCAUGAGCUGACUGUGUACAGAGAAAUUCAGGGGCACAGGUGAGGUUUGCGCUGCUCGUGGAGCUGUAGGCACAGACAGCAGAUUUCUGAGCUUGCCCUUAGACCUGCACACAACCAGGUACAUCCACAUUUUUCCACAUCGGCCUCCUAGCUUCUUUCCUCCCCAUACUUUUCUAUGUUCCCAGAGAAAUCAGGAGAAGAACCUGAAUGUCUCUUGCCUCAAACUCUGCCGUUACAUGGAGAAAUGAGAGAGACUGGGAGGAUUAUUUCAGCGAGCCGGAGGGUUUGGGUGGUUGUAGAUGUGGCACGAGCAGGCAGCAGAACACAACACCCAGAGGAGAAGGGAGGAAGGAAAGAAAGCCCGACACACAUUCUCCAAAAGAAUGUGACAGAGAGCAAGGAAGCAGAGGAAGGAUUCACACUGAUGGAUUUCCAACACAGGGGAAUAAGCCAGAAUGGUUCAACAAACCCAGAUGAAACCAGAAGUGCCGUGAGAGGAGAGGGAAGCAGGCACUGUAUACAGCUGCACCAGCUGCCCUGAGAGCCGGAGCGAUGGGAAGCCCCAGAGCAUGGGUGGGGAGAGCAUCUGAAGAAAUGAAGAAGGAAGCAGAAGACUCUCUGUGAGCUCCCAGCUCCGGGUAACCACCAUGGAUACUUGCAGGAUACCUGCAAACGCCUCCAAGUGCAGUGGGAAUACCAUGGAGUGCUUCAUGGUGCUCAGCACGCAGGCACAGAAGAUAAGCAUUGGCAUCCUGUGUGGCCUCUUUGGGACAAUGUGUGUUUUUGAGAACUCCCUGGUGCUCUACCUGAUUUUCUCAUCCCCUGGGACCAGGAAGAAGCCUUCCUACCUCUUCAUCGGCAGCCUGGCCCUGGCUGACAUCCUGGCCAGCAUCAUCUUUGUCUGCAGCUUCGUGAACUUCCACGUGUUCAACGAGGCUGGUUUCUCCAAGGAGGUGUUCCUGCUGCAGCUGGGAGGGGUGAACACGUCCUUCUCGGCCUCCCUCAGCAGCCUGCUGCUCACAGCCCUGGACCGCUACAUCUCCAUCAGCCGGCCCUCGGAGUACAAGCUCCUGAUGACCAGGAAAAGAGCCUGGACAGCCCUGGCGGUGCUCUGGGUGACCUGUGCCACCAUUGCUUGCCUGCCCCUGCUGGGCUGGAACUGCUGCGUGCUGGAUUCCACCUGCUCCGAGCUGUUCCCCUUUGUGGAUGACAAUUACCUGUCGGGCUGGAUCUGCUUCGUCGUGGUCCUGCUGGGCUGCAUCAUCUAUGCCUACGCCCAUGUACUCUGGAGGGCUCGCCAGCACGUGGCCUACAUGGAGAAGCACCAGGCACAGGCAGGGAAGCAAAACACCCGGAUGAGGAUGGACGUGAUGCUGGCCAAGACCCUGGUGAUGGUGCUGGCUGUCCUCAUGCUCUGCUGGUCCCCCGUGCUCGGGCUGAUGAUCUACAGCAUCUUUGGCAGGCUGAGCGAUCACCUGCGCAAGGUGUUCGCCUUCUGCAGCACCCUCUGCCUGCUCAACUCCAUGGUGAACCCCAUCAUUUAUGCCCUGAGGAGCAAGGAGCUGUUCUCCUCCCUGAGGAGGGUGUUCUCCCACUUCAGGAGGCAGCUGAAGGCUGCUGAGGAGAGCCCAGAAGCAGAGAGCACCCACAAGUCCUCCGUGAUAGAGACCGUCUGCGAGGACACGCACACCAUGUAGGGAGGUACCAGUGGGAAAUCCACCCACUCAGCCUGGAAGGAACAGUCUGGAUCACUUUUCUUUUUAUUUUCUCUUCUGAUGGGAGUUGAGGGAUCAGCUGUGAUGUGGAGACAGCUCCUGCUGUUGUCACUGUUCGAUGCUGGGACAUAAAGUGCACAGAGUUUGCUCUCAGGCACAGGUUGGGUUUGUUGGGGUGUCCUGUGCAGGGCCAGGACUGGAUGAUCCUUGGGGUGUCCCUUCCACCUCAGGAUAUUCCAUGAUUCUGUGAUAAUCUCCCACCAGGGGAGGUUCAGGUUGGACAUCAGCAGGAAUUUCUUUGUGGAAAGGUGGUCAGGCUUUGGAAGGGGCUGCCCAGGGAGAUUUGGAGUCCCCAUCCCUGCAGGUGUCACCUGGACAUGGCACUCUGGGCUGGUGACAAAUGGAGACUGGGCACAGCUUGGACUCGAUGGUCUGGGAGGGCUUUUCCAGCCUCUCACUUCAGCUUAAGGACUUGGCCAGAGCUGGGGCAGACAGGACCUUGCAGGCAGCACAUUUCUUCCAGCAGAUUUCAGGAGAACUGACCAAACCACGCGGGUGUUUGUUGGAUGUUAUGUGAUUAAGCAUAUAAGCCAUUUUCCAGGAUUUUCUUCCUUUUCUUUCCUGGUGUACAAAGUUCUCCAGGUGACAAGUUUAAGCCCAAACAGGGGCAGAUACUUUGAGCAUGAGGAACUUGAUUGGGGUUGUUUUUUUGCAAAUUUGGCAAAAGCAGCACUUUUAGCUGAAUGGACAAUGAAGUGGAACAGGGCCCUUCACCAGUGACCUGGAGCAGCUGGGCUUCUGCCAGCUCCCAAAAUGCUUCCAACAGGGAUGAGCCUGCCUGGGGCAUGGCCAUGAGGCCCUUGCACUCUGCCCUGUGUCCCACUGCCCAGGCUCCCCAGGGAAUGGGCACGGCCCCAAGGCUGCCAGAGCUCCAGGAGCCUUUGGACACCGCUCCAGGGAUGCACAGGGGGCAUGGUUGGGAUUAUUCCUGAUGUCCCUCCACCCCUCCCUGGAUAUUUCCCGAUGGUUGGGGCUAUCCCAAUGUCACUCCAUCCAUUCCUGGGAUAUUCCCUGAUGGUUGGGGCUA